CAUAAAAUAUAUCAGACAUCUUAUAAACUACAUGUAAAUAUAAAAACGGCGUGCCAUACAAUAAGAUAAAUACAUGUAUAUGUUAUAAACUAUAUAUAAGAUAUCUUAAAAACUUUAUAAAAUAUUUUACAUAUUAAACAAGAGAUCUUAUAUGUUUUAUAAGAUAUCCAAUAAAAAAUAGAAGAUAUCUUACACAAAACAAAAAAAAAGAAGAAGAAAAAAAAAGAAGAUUUAAUAAGAUAUCUUAUAAAACAUGCAAAAACGGCGUGCCAUACUUUGGAUUAAAACCGGAUAUGUUGUUUCUCCCCGAUGUUGGUUUGACAAUUACCAUGAAACAAAGCGAUGGAUUAUAAACUUCAGUUUGAUGUUUUUUGAUUGCUAACUAGUCUCUGUGAAUAUUAGAAUUUGUGUAAAUAUGAUGGAAAAGAAAGUGAAGCUGAAGACGGUGAAUCCCCACAUUACCUGCACACUGUGUAAGGGAUAUCUCAUCGAGGCCACCACCAUCACAGAAUGUCUUCAUACGUUUUGCAAAAGUUGCAUUGUGAGAUACUUAAAGGAAAAGAAAAACUGUCCCAAAUGUGACAUCCUUAUACAUCAAAGUCACCCACUCAAUUAUAUCAGUCAUGACAGAACAAUGCAAGAUAUUGUGUAUAAAUUGGUUCCAAAUUUACAAGAGAGAGAAAAGAAGAGACAUCAAGAGUUUGCUGCCAAGCAUGGUCUCUCAGAGGAAGCCAAGGAAGAAACACCUGGACAAUCCACAGAAAAAGAGAAGGAGGAGGAGGGUGCAGAAAAAGAUUACCAUAGAAAUGAUGAACAGGUCAAGGUGUGUCUAGAGUGCAAAGGGAACCUCAAGCACCUCAAGAAGAAGUACCUCCGAAUCUCCUCACAGGCCACCAUCUGUCACCUCAAGAAGUUUGUGGCUCUGAAGAUAUUCAAUGAUAUCACCAAAUAUGGGGAUGUGGAAAUAUUGUGCAAUGAUGAACUUUUAGGAAAAUCUCACACACUAAAAUUUGUGGCCGUUACAAGGUGGAGAGUGAAGUGGAGCAGAUGUGCCUUUGACUCUUCACUACAGAAAGAAACUGAUAGAUUUAUGAUCGGCACACAUUGGAUUUCGGGAAUAUUAUCGUACAUUAGAGAAUCUGACAUGGCAGCAAAGACAGACCGUAGGAAAAUGCCGAAAAGGGCAAAACUUAAUGAUUCAUCAGAAGUGGUUGUGCCAAGUUUCGAUCACCUCUCCAUUAUGAAGGAAGGUUUGGAUAAAGUUCGGCGAAAGGUACCCAAAACUUCACGCCCGAAACCUCUUGUUGCUGAAGUUUUGGUUCGUCGGACAAGAAAAAAAGAGAAAAAAUGCAUCAGCUAUGCCGUCUUAAAACGCGCUAACGAAAAUUUCAAUCUUCAAUCUGUCGACGCCAUUAAUUACGCUGGGCCCAGAUUUGACUCAAAUGGAACAUUCAUUUCUCAUAGCAUUCUGGGCAGUCUGGAUGAUUUCAAAAAGGAGGCACAAGAGAAGGGAGAAUUUAAAGAACUGUACCAGGCGAGCAGCAUCAAAAUCCCAGCCACAAAACAAACUGAGACACCCUGUUCUUCCCUGAAGGUCUGGAAAGACAGGGUGAAAGAAUGGAAUUCGAUGCAUAGGUUCUUAGUGAAGAAGGUAAAAAAGCCACUAGAGGACCUGUUAAUGAUCACUCCAAGCGAGCAAGUGGAAAUCGUUAAUCAGCGCAGGAUGAUCAACAUGGCAUUGGAAGCAAGAGCAAGCGGCUAUGGCCAAAAGAGAAAGAAUGCGAGUUUCUUCAAGCUUUGUGAGAAUAUUGGUGGUUCAGAAACUCCUGUCUUUUACUCUUUUAAUAAAUCUAUCACAGGAGAUCGCACCUCAGCUGAGAUUACAGGCAAUACAUACAUCACUGACCAAGAGAAAGGAACGUGUUCUACAGUCAGAAGAAGCUAUCCCGUGUAUCAUACUCCGUACUUACAGGCUAAAAUAUUAGAUGUCCAAGAACAUAUCAACAUGUUAGUGCCUCAUUAUCCGGUUCUUAAAGAUUUACAAAUUGUCGGGGAAGUUACACCAAUGAAAAAGCAGCAUGCAACAACCAACUCUUCCCAUGAAGCAGAUUUACGUCCAUCUAUUACCGUCCAUUUUCCAGAUAUUUGUCGGGAUUCCGAGUCGAAACGUUCACAUACGUUGAAUGGGCCAGCUAUAAAGAUCGAAAACCAAGUAUCAAAGUGGAAAGGACAUGGUUUCUCCCGGAAAGGCAAGCCUGGUAUUACUGUCUCAGUCCUCUUUGAUGGAUUUCAGACAGAAACCCUACAUCAGACUUUACGGAUAGAAAACACCGGAAGUACGAGUCUUGUCUACGUUUGGAAGAAAAUUCCUGCUAAGUUUUUGAGUGAAAUUCCUCGACCAAAAGCACAACGGUUCUUCUUUCUCUCUGAGUCUGGUGUGUUGGCUCCCGGGGAGAUUCUCGUGCUUCCUGUAAUAUGUAAAUCCAGCACUGUCGGGUUCUUUUGUGAAACGUGGGUCAUAGAAACUAAGCCCGUUUUAGAUCUUGGAGCAGAUAUCAUCGUUAAAUUUAAGGCUGUGGUUCAUAGUCGAGAAAACUAUAUGGGGGAUUUUGUCAAAACUGAAGAGAAGUUGUUGCAAAACAAGGCAAAGACAAUUGUAUCCGAUAUUUUGGACAGACUUGUAGAAAGUAUUUGCUCUCCCGACCCCCCUUCGUCUCCGACUGAAGAGCUUUCACCAGAAAAACAGUUCAAGUUUGAAAAUCCGGGGUUGUCAUAUCACGGUUCUACGAUGCGAAAAAUGGAGAGGUACCACGACUUCUUAAUGGACAACGUAUCGAUCAUUCCUGCUACCUACAAGAAUUUCUCCGUGGUAAAUCUUAGACGAGCCGUCAUAAUAAUGACAGACCUUGAGGAAGAUGAACUAGAGGACCCAAGCCCCCUAACAGCGGAAAUGGAUGAGGACUGGGACUACACUAAAAGGAGACUCUUAUGGAGAUACUUACGACAAAUAAACAGCCUCUGUUGUACUUGGCCAGAACCAGCAGUAGACUUGACCACUUCUAAGUAUCUCUGCUGUUCCAGCUUAUUGGCUUCAGCUUUUGAUCGCUUUUGUGAUCUUUCUACUCAGAUAGCCAUCUCCAUGAAUCUCCCUCUCCAAAAUACAAAGGAAGAGAUAACAGUUAAUCACAACGACAAAAAGCGAACCAGUUCCCAAGGUGAUUCUAAAUUUGGUAUACAGACGGCGUCAUCCAAAAGUCGACACCGGAAGUCAACGCAUAUGCAACCGUCUGAGGACGUCCUGAAAAGUUUCUGUCCUGUCAACAAACAGAGUGUGGAGGAGGGAAAGUAUGAUGGAUAUCAAGGCAAACUGUAUCAAAUGAUGUAUGCUCAGCUCAUUUUAGCGUUGGAUAAAAUUGCGGUGAUCUGUGAUGAAAAGAGUUAGAUCUUGAACAUGAUAUAUUUCCGAAACUGAAAUGUGAUCAGUUUGUGAAGAGAUAUAUAAUAACUGUUGUGUUAGGUAUAAUACAGUCUGAAUAAUGAAACUCUUUU